AAAUUAAUGUAUUUUAGGUUAUAAUAUUACUCCUUACAUUAUUUAUAUAAUGUUUUCUUUUUCUAUUUAUUCUCCCCUCUUUGAAUAAUUAUUUUCUAAUCCAAUAUAUUUAUAAUCUAUACUAUAUAAAUUCGAUAUUUUAACACAACACCAUCUUUUCAGGCAAGUUAAUACAUGCCCGAUAGAUAGGACACGAUAAAAUAAUCCUAUCCAGUAUAUUUCUGUUUGAUAAUUAAAAUGUACUGCAUUCGCUCCAUAUUUACUCUUAUAAAACGUCAUCAACCUAUUACUGCGAUACCAAAAAUAAAUAUAUUGAAGACUUCAUUCAAGUCUGAACUGUCGAGAUUUUAUUCAAAAGUAAUUGAAGAUGAAUCAGAUAACAUUAUAAAUGAGCUUUGUAAUGGUGAUCCAGAACAAGAGAAAAAGUUAAGAAUAUUAAUGCUUGAAGUAGAAGUAAUGCGACAAGAUGGCCGAUGUGCACCUAAUAUUUUACUAAGUAAACACUGGCAGCAUCUAAUGCAAUUAGAAACUAGGAAUCAAAGAACUAAGUAUUUAUUAUACUUAUGGAAGACAGAAAAAUCCAAGGAAAACCAGAAAGCCAAGAAAGAAGCCAGAAGAAAGCAGUUAGAAGAAAUGCCACCUGAAGCAAAUAAAGAAUAUCCAGAUGAUAUCACAUAUGGAAUUAGUGAGAGGUCUUUAUUUUUACGCAUCCGUGACCAGUCAAUAAACAAUUUUGAUAACUACAGGAAUCUACAAGCAAUUAUACAUGGGCUACCUAUUGUCAUAGACUGUUCAUAUGAAGAUUACAUGGUUUACAGAGAAGCAGUGAAUGCAGCAAAACAGAUGACUUUUCUUUUUGGAGACAACAGAAUACAUAGGGAUCCAUUUAAUAUACAUCUGUGUAAUGUGAAUACGGAAGGAAGUUUCAUGAAACAGCUUGAAAAAAAUAUACCAUCAUUAAAAGAGUCAUGGUUCCCAUUAAAUAUUCAUACUAAAAGUUAUUUAGAUAUUUUUCCCAAAGAGAGAUUAGUAUAUCUUACACCUCAUUGUCGUGAAGAACUAACAAAAUUUGACUAUGAUGCUGUUUAUAUUGUUGGGUGCAUGGUAGACAAGGUUAAUAAUGAACCUCUGUCUCUAGCAAAGGCUAAGAGAGAUGGAAUUAAGAUGGCGAAGUUACCUCUUGAUAGGUAUUUGGAAUGGGCUCCAGGUUCCAAGAAAAAUCUUAAUAUAAACCAUAUGAUACCAAUACUUUUGGAUUUGAAGUCGACUGGCGAUUGGGAAUUUUCAUUGCGACACAUUCCAAGAAGAAAAUUGAUGGAAACAAAAAUAUUAGCAAUGCAAAAGGCAUUAAAAAAUACUCAAUUAUCAAAGGAUGAGGUAUUUAACAAUUUCAAAAAGUAUUCUAACCUCAAAGGAAUAUCAUCAUUUAAAAACAGAAGGUCAAGUUCAAGGAAAUCAUUGUAUGAUGAUGACUAAAUAAAUCCUUUCAAUUAUAAAUAAACAUAGAUCAUUUAAA